GUCAGUGGUGACGCCAGAGUAAACUGCUGGUGAUCUCUAGUUGUAUAUAGUGUAUUAUUCUCUUAGUUUACAGAGUAAUGGCUCGUCUGCUAUAGCUGUGUCAACACUAUAAUAAUGUCACUAAAUAGAUACAAAGUUACUAGCAGUAGCAUAUGUUACAGUCAAUGCAACGAAUUCAAAACGUGUGUAUUUAUUAUCCCUACAUUCAAUGUUUAUUUGAGCAAUUGCUUCGUAGCUCAUGAUACAACCCAUGUCUGAGUAUUAUUAUCGCUGCCUACAAAACAGUGCCACUUGCAGAUGGUUAUAAUAAAGUUACAAUGUACAGAACAAGGUGAGGGUGACAGGUUACUGUUACAUGAAAUGGAUCCGACGUCAACGUUUAUUUCAACCAAUUAUUAAGCUCAUCACAAAACCAAUCAGGAGGACUGAAAACCAAAACCGGAAGUAACAAUAGGUGACCAUGUGGAGUCAAGGGUGAAUGAGUGAAGAGUGUAUACUGUAUAAGGCUGUAGAGGAGGAAAAUGCAGGCUGCACUGGAGAUCACUGCUAAAUAUUGCCGAAAUGAAUUGGAGGAGUAUGGGCAGUGUGUUUCCUCCAAACCUGGAAGUUGGCAGCAGGACUGUCACUUGCUGAAAGUUAAAGUGGCCCAGUGUACAUCCUCACACCCCGUUAUACAGAAGAUUCGCUCUCAGUGCGCUGAACCCUUCUUAGCUUUUGAGCAGUGUCUAAAGGAGAACCAGUCAUCUGUAGAGAAUUGCUCCAAACACGUCACAGAUUUCUUGCGGUGUGCUGAGAAUGUCAAGCACUCAGACUAAAUGAUAAUCUUUAACGACCGGAACAUCGUUUGGAGCAAAUAAAUUCAUAGUACAGAAACAUUUGGAGCACACUGCCAUCCUCUGCUAGAUCUCUAAUAUAUCCUUUUGAUUAAAAAACAAACUUUAAUUUCUACAAUCAUGAUUGAUAUCUUAGAGAUGUGCACUUUUUACUUCUUUUUCAUCUAUUACAUCUAGUGGUUAGGUUUUUACAAUUCUUAAAACUGUGUCAUGUCAGAAAAUGACUCGUGGUUUGUAACGAGAUGCGAUUGGACACUUAUGAAAACGGCAGAGAAUUCUAUACUCUAAAUAACUUUCAUUGCUGAGCAAUGAUUCUGAUUACUUUCAAUUUUUUUUUUCUUUCAGCUUUCCAAUGAUAUUUCACAGUAAAGGUCAAACAAUGCCAAGUGAGUUCUAGUAUCAUGGUUUUACUUUAGCCUCCUGAUUAUUAUUACUAUAUAUUUUUAUUUAUUUUUUUGGAAUUUAAUGUGUGCUUUGACUGUGAUUGUUUCUUAUCCCAUUCUAAUAAACCCAAUUUUGCUUCUUAAAAAUGUAA